AUGUUCAUCUUUAGAGUUAGGGAAAAAAUUGUUAGCCAUAGUAGUAAUGAGCAUUAUAGCCAAGACAUAAAUUGUCCAGCACUAGGUCAAAAAUGUUUAAAAUGUAAUAAAAUUGGACAUUAUAGAAGAUGCCUAAGCAAUCUAAAGAGGAAACCCAUAUACCAAUCUUCUUAUUCUAACUUUAAUAAAAAAUUUAAACGCACAAAACAGUAUCAGGAAGAAACGGAUUAUGUAUUUCACAUUGAUGAUGAUGAUGAUGAUGAGGAAAUGGUACCGUGUACUAUAGGAAGGGUAGAUAUUGAAAUGCGAAUUGAUUCAGGAUCCAGGAGUAAUCUUAUUACUGGAAAAACCUGGUAUUUUCUAAAAGAGCGUAAAAUUACUGUUUCGAAUAAAAUAAAGAAUCCUGAUUAA